UACCUCUCUCGCUCAUUCCUCCCUGUGCUGGCUGGGGAGACACGCGCUUUCCGCUUUUCCGCCUGGCUGCUGGCUCUGCUCCAGCAUCCCUCCGUGCCUCUCGUGUGUUCUCCUCCCCCCCUCCAGCCUAUGUCUCCCCCAGUGGGGUUUGUCAGCCAGCUUGCUUCCCUGGCUGCUGCCGCUGCUGGAGCAGUGAAGCUGUCUGACACAACACUGCUACGCCGCUACCGCUCUGCCUCGCUUCUCCUCUCUGCCUUUCGCCUCACACUCUCCUUUGCUGGAUAAUCACCACUGAGUCUGCAAGAGACCGCGACAGAGGACGGGGAAGGGAGGGCGAGAGACAAGAGAACCUGCACUCUUCAUUCAACUGCUGCAUCCUUCAGUUUGUCUUUUUUGCUCUGCUUUUCUGGCCUGCUGGAGUGCAGCACAAGGAACAACUGGUCGGGAGAAAACUCCCUGAAGGAAUUCUCCUCCUCUCUUUGCGCUUCCUCCCUCUGUUCAUUCCUGGGACAGAGUGCAGAGGAGGAGAGAAGAGGGAGGGACUGAGAGCAGGACUUCAGCUGCACAGCUCAGUGUCCCACCUUGCUCUAGAGACACAUAAGACAAACAUACAGACACAAACAUAUUUGCAUAGAUUGGACACAGUUGGGGUUGACCAGACUGGCAGACGGUGACAGACUGACAGACACAUAGACAAAAACACAGACAGACAGACAGACAGGUGGUGUCAUGGCGUCAGUGGACAGCACCGGUUCGAGCGCCUCUGGUCGGCUGAAAUCGGGGGAUCUACUUCAUGCUGGUCUGGUAGUUGCACUGCUGCUCGGUGUAUGGAGUGUUGGUGGACUGGAAGUCUCGACAGGUAAAGUGUCCUCAAUCGAAGCAAUGAAUGGCUCCACAGUCCUGCUGCCCUGCACCUACUCCUCCUGUAUUGGCAUCAAAAACCUCUACUUCAACUGGCACUAUAAUGACAAUGGAACCAUGAUCAAGUUAUGUGAAGCAGUGAUUCCCAUUGAGGGUGUGGAGCCCAGGGUCCAUGUGAGCCAUGAGCGUGUUGAGUUUGUCGGCUCCUCAAAGAGCAACAACAUCUCCAUCCUGUUGUGGAACAUCACCUUUGAAGACGAGGGAGACUACAUCUGUUUUGCCAAGAACCCAAAAGAGAAGAACCGCAAUCACAGUGCUACCUUUACUCUUAUCGUGGUGGACCAAAUGAAGGAGGUUGACAAUACUUUGACAGUCAUCAUUGUGUCAGUGCUGGGUGGAGUCAUUGGCUUAGUUAUCAUUGUCAUGGUGAUAAAGGCCUUGGUUGUUCACUUCCUACUGAAGGAUGAUGAGAAGAACAAAGAGUGCCUGGUGAGCUCCUCAGGGAAUGACAACACAGAAAAUGGACUUUCAGGAGCCAAAGCAGACAACAAAGGGACACCAAAGGCAUGAGCAAAAUGCAAAGUAUGUCUGUGUUUGUAUAUAUGUUAGAGAGAUGUACACGCUCAGAGAAAAUCAGUGGACUGUUUUAUCUUACUAGCGGCUAACUUAUACAACAUGUAAAUGUCUAUUUUAAAUCAUGCUUGAGAUUUGGGAGAUGUGAAAUGUGCAUAUUUCUGGAUCGCUCUCUCACCUACACGACAGCCCAUUUGUUACACGGAGUGCAGCCUCUGUUAUUGAAUCUGCCCUGCAUCUUACUGAAACCUAACACUUUCUCUACAGUAGAGCCUUAACUAUACUGUCUCUCUCUCCAAUUAUGUGGUUUCCAUACCUUCUUUCCAUCAUCUCAGAGGAAUAACUUUGCACAAAGCAGAUCCUCUGUCUUAAGUUCUUUUUUUUGGUAGACUUUUUGUAGAAUCAACUGCCACACUCCAGGAUACAGUUUACCAGCUGACAAGCUACGAGUAUGUUUGAUUCUUAUUUCCACAACUCUGAGUCAAACUUGGACCCAAACAAACCUUACCAGUGGGAACAAACACACUUUGAUGCCAUGCUGAAUUGCCACAAUCUAUGAACUGCCAUGAUGUCAACUGAAGAACAGCACAGAAUCCACAAAAUCCAUAGGAAAACCCGACCAGUUUUGUCCAUAAAUGCAAGCCAACAUUUUUCCGUCAAAAUUAAAUACAGCGUUCCAGUUAAAGGGGCUUUCACACCUCUGCAAGCUAACUAGGUGCCUCCAGCCAUUUCAGUGAAGAGAACGGGGCAGAGGGGAAGCGUUUUUCAACACGACAGUAGGGAUAUGAAGCGUUUGCACACGAAUAGGUUUUGCUCUGCCGUGCUGAGUUCACC